AUGUCGCUGCUUCCAAAUGCUACCUAUACGGGGCCCAAGGCCUCGCACGAUUUCAAAGUCGAUGCCUCCAAUCCUAGAUACCUAACAACCGAGGGAAGAACGACCGGUGCUUCGGACUACGUGUUGAAACAGGGCCACCAGGACGUGGACAAGCCAAGCGAACCAAAGAAAAUCGACCCCAAUGGCACCGAAUACACACCUUUGUCGAUGCUUCGGAUGCAUCUAACGGGGAUUCAAGACGAUAUAAACGAGUACUUGACUGAGAAGAUCAAUCAUGUGAAAAAACCUCGAAACCUCAAGCAAGAACAAGAACAAGAGAUCAACGCUCUUCUAGACGGAUCUGAAGAUGCGUGA